AUGUCCGCCAACUACUGGGAGUCGACGCAGCGGCGGCAUUGGCUCUUCACAAAGGACGAGCUCGCCUCGAUGCGCCAGAAGCUCGAGGACGAAAAUGCCGAGCUCGUCCGCAUGUUCCCUCUCCCACAGCCGCGGCACAUGGCCAUCUACUUCAAUCAACAGCUGCUGAGGUUGGGGAAGCGUCUCACCAUCCGCCAGCAGGCCAUGGCCACGGCGCAGGUCUACCUGAAGCGCUUCUACACGCGAGUCGAAAUCCGUCGGACGAACCCGUAUCUCGUCAUUACCACUGCGAUAUACCUGGCCUGCAAGAUGGAGGAGGCGCCGCAGCACAUCCGCCUGAUUGUGACCGAGGCCAGGCAGCUCUGGCAGGAUUUCAUCGGGCUGGACACGUCCAAGAUUGGAGAGUGCGAAUUCUACCUCAUCAGCGAGAUGAGCUCCCAGCUCAUUGUACAUCAACCCUACCGGAGCCUGUUAGCUCUGCGCGGCGAGCUAUCCCUAGUCGAUGAAGACGUGCAGCUCGCCAAGUCCAUCAUCAACGAUCACUACAUGACGGACCUGCCGUUUCUCUGCUCGCCGCACAUUGUCGCAUUGGUAGCAAUCCUCUUGGCCCUCGUUCUGCGUCCAAACUCCACAGUUCCGGGACAGAGUGCCUCGGGAUCUGCCGCUGCCGCCGGUCUGGCAGCCGCACAAGCUGCUCUCAGCCAAGCACACACCGCUCGAUCAGGCCAGGGCGGGAUUCUCUCCGAGAUUCCUUCGACACCAGAAGUCAAGGAGAGGGUUCAAGAAGCUAGAAUCACCCGUGUCCAGCAUUUCGCGGCCUGGUUGGCAGAGAGCGACGUCGACAUUGCUGCCAUGGUAGACGCGACCCAGGAGAUUAUAUCCUUCUAUGAGUGCUAUGAGCAGUACAAUGAUAAGCUCACGAGGGAACAAAUCAACCGGUUCGUCAAGGCCCGGAAUCUCGAUAAGUAG